GCAGCUGUAUUUGCGCACAAUAAAAUAUCUCGCAGACGAGAAAGUUGGACGAUCGGUCUUCGAGCACAUCUUACGCUAACUUCACGCGACAAUCGUCGAGCCACAAUGUCUCGAUUAUGUUGUAAACAUCGGGGACGCGCAUUUCGCGACUCUCAGGCUCGAAAUUUCUCAGCGUCAUUAGAUAUCUCUCGUCGUCAUGGCCGACCUGCUGAAAGCAUGGCUGCGAGCGCGACUGGGCGUGAUAAUGGAUCUCACUCCGGAGAUGUUCGGUCGUUACACCAGAGACGGCACCUUGCUCGCGCAGAUCCUGCACAACUACGACAUUAUCGGUAGCAACCAGUUGAGUACGAUCGUGCGCACAUACGACCCGGCGUUAUCCAGGGUGAAUCUGAGGACCUUGAGGAUCUGGCUGAAGCUCAUCAACGUCACGUUGAGCGACGAGUGCAUCGAGGCGAUCUCUAAAGUAAACUUUCUGUGUCUAAAAACACAUUUUCAAGACGCGUCGUGGCGAUAACGGCCGA